AUGGAACGCAGAGUGAAGCAAGCGCGGGAAAAAAACUCUUGCCUAAGGACCCUUGACGUCGACAUGAACAUGCAGAACCAAAUGAAAAUGAGCAACUUCUGCGUGGGCACCACGCCCAACAGCAGCCCAAGUGGCAUCCCCAAGAACGGCUACAACGUAAAUGUACCAACAUCCCCAAACUUAACAAAUUAUGAACACGGUCAGAACAUUUUCAUGGGACAGAGCGCAAAUGGCCACGAUUAUAAUUUAUUGGCCAAGCAAAAUAUGCUGAGUUAUCAGAAUGUUCCACUUGGUCAGCACUCCUCCGGCAACGCGGGCAAUUAUGCGGCAAAUUAUGCGGUCAAUUAUGUGGGCAAUUAUGAUGCCAAUUAUGCAGCAAAUUAUGUAACCAACUAUAACGGCAAUUGUGACGUCAAUUACGAUAGCAGAACAAACGGCUGUUCGAAUGAAAAUCAAACGAAUUGGCCGAACGGGAACUCCCUGGGAAACACACACCACGUGAGUAGCAUGCACAUGGCAGUGAAUAAUGGUUACCCGUUGUAUGUAACAAAUGGGGAACAGAUUUUACGUCAGGCGAAACUUCUUAUGGCGAAAAAAAUUUUUGACAACGCGAGUGGCCCCAACGGGAACAUGACCCAGGCGGUGAACUGCGGCCCGAGCAGUUUGCAGUCAAAUGGGAACCAAGUUGCGCAGCAAAAAAUGCAGCAAAAAUUGCAGUCACAAUUGCAGUCACAAUUACAGUCAAUUUUGCAGUCACUUCCCCGCGCGAGCAACAAUUUACACAACGUUAACCCUGAGCAGAAAAAUGGAAAUAUGUGCAACUACAGUUUGCAGCACAACUCGGCGCUGAACCAGGAGAACCAAAUGCUUAAUACACAGAAUGGUUACUGCCCGAGCAGUAGUAACAGCAUGGCGAACGGGAAUAACAACCCUGGCAUGAUGGGGGUAACUUACAACCCGCACGAUAAUGUUGUAACCCCAAAUGUACCCAUAAAUGGUGGAGCAAAUAUUUCCGCGACGAACAGCGCCGCACAGGGACACCCAAACGGCAUGGCAAAAGGCACACAACAAAAUCAGGGUGCCAUGAUGAGUACCCAAAUGAAUGCCUGGAAUGGAAACUACGAAUUGGGUAACCGCAGCAGUGCUAUUGGAGCGAGUAACGUUCUUCCCUAUGGCGAUAAUAUGAACGCCGAAGGUGGAAACAUGGGGGAAGAAAGUGCAAGAGGGGCGGGAAGUAAUUACCGAAGUGCGAUGGAUGGCUACGAUGGGAGUUAUGUUAGCAAAAAUUACGGAAAUGGUAACUGUAAUAGUAACGACCGUGGUAACGACCGUGGUAACGGCCGUGGGAACGUUGGUGCAAGUUGCGUUGACGGGGUUAACGACCCCGGAGGGAACAUCCACAGGUGCACUGCUAGCACGGGUGUAUGCAGGAGCGCCCAAUAUAAGUGCAACAUGAUGACCCCCCAGAAAAACAACAGCAGUGUGGGGAUAAACAUGAGUGGAAAAAAAUGUGACCACAUUUUGCAGAACAUUAAUAAAGUGCGAAGUGCAAGUGGAAAGGUAGGGAUGGUGAUGGAAGUUGCACAACAGGGUUCCCCAAUAUUGAAUAAUGUGGAAGUGUUAAACGACUACAAUAAAGUGCAAGGUAAUUUUCGUGGAAGCGAGAGUAAUACACUACCCUCUUUUGCUAGUAUGAAUAAGAACGGUGUUAAUUUCGUCGACCCGCGGAAAGGUGUUGAAGGUUAUGUUGCGAUGAGCGGCACCCCCGUGGGUGUGGCAGUGGGUAAUGGUAGUUAUGCUGGUAGUGGUAACGGUAACGGUAACGGUAACGGAGUAGGUCCCUACAGCAGUAUGCAGAAUUUUGCCAACGCUGCGGAUCAUGGCAAGCAAGGGAUUGAGGUUAGCAACACACACGGCUCUAAACUUGACGCCGCAGCUCAGCAGUCGAAUUUGUUAAGCAGUUACAACACGGGAGGCGCUUUCCUCGGAGGUGCGCUCCCCGGAAGUAGUAACAUGGAGAACAGCUUCAGCGCGGGCGGGUCGAACCUGAUGAACCAAACGGCUAGUUCCUGGGCGAUGCAAAAUGGGAAUGGUGGAAUUGGCAACGGUACCUACCCCUACAGUGUCGGAAGCAACCCCGUGAGCAAUUUCCCGAGUGGCCUAAACAGUUCCCCGCAGGUCCUCCAAAGGAUGGGAAAUUUCAUCACCAGGGGGAAUGCCAACGAGCCAAUUAGCAGUAGCAAUAGUGGUGUGCACAGCAGCGGUAAUCAUGCGAAUGGGAAUGUUCUGAGCAGUUACCACAGCAACAUGAGCAACAUGAGCAACAUGAGCAACAUGAACAACAUGAACAACAUGAACAACAUGAACAACAAUUUUACGAGGGAUAAUUCGCAAUUUAUGAUGAGCACAAGGAAUGAUAAUAAGAGCAGUGAGGCCAUUUUUAGUGCUAAUAGUGGCCAAUUAAGUGGCGUGCUGAGAGCGGGGCACACCGGCAGUUUUGCAAGUGUGCAUGGCACCUCCCUUCCAAAUGACAUAUCCAACAUUUCCAACAUUUCCGCCAAGAAGGCAAACCAGCAGUUUAACAUGGUAAAAAAUAUGAACCUGAUUCAGUCAAGCAACUACCAGGCCAACGCAGCCAACAGUCACGACGUGCAGGUGAAUAACAUGAGUGGUUACCAUCAGGCACAUUCCAUGAAGGAGGCCAAUAACGGCAUGACCGGUGUGCAUGCUAGCUCGGUUAACGGUCUGACGAAUAACGGCCAAGCGGUCCACUUUAACCCCUACGGGAAGGUAAACAAUAACAGCGCCGACGCGGCGAAAGGAUUGUACCAGGAAAAUAGUUCCCUAAAUGGAAACAAAUUACUUCUAAGCAGCAGUAAGUACCUUAACGGUAGUGGCACCACUCAUUGUGGCAGUUUAAGUGCAACGAAGAUGAACGCAACUGUGGGGGGUAUCAACAACAUGGCCCUUCAAGGAUCACUAAUGAACACAUCCGGCGGGGAUAUUUCUUCCCCAACACACAGCACAAAUGGGAAUUACAGUGGGAAAAAGGCACUUUACGGUUCUAAGGCGAAUACGUCUAAUUUGUACUCGCCCAAAGGGGGGGAGUAUCCUUCCAUAAGUAAUAACGGCACAAUGAGCGGCACAAUGAACGGUGCAACUGGUGUGUACACACGUAGUAAUGAGAACAACGCUAGUACGCACAGUGGUGUGGGUAGUUCGCCAAUUAAUUCACCCAUGAGUGUAUCCAACAGGCAGGUGAACAGUCUAACCAGCGCCUUGACCAACACAGCCAACGAAAUAGAUCACCUUACCAACAAUCUGACCAAUAGUCUUUCAAACAGUAUGACCAAUAACGUCACCAAUAAUUUGCAAAUCGUGCACAAUAAUAAUAUAACACAAAAAAUUAACAAUAAUAUUUCCAUCAAUUUAUCGAACGGAAUUAAUGGUAUGAAAAAUGUUAACCUGGGGCAUGCUAACCUGGCGAAUGUCAACCUGGCGAAUGUUAACCUGGCGAAUGUCAACCUGGCGAAUGUUAAUAAUUUUAAGAAGAAUGUUUUGGGGGAGGUGAACAAGGGUGUAUCAAAGUUGGACUCUCCCGAAAAUUUCAACUCCUCUGCGAAGUUUGCCCAGGCUAGCAGUGGCAGCGGCAGUGGCAUUUCCAAUGGCAGUAAUAACGUGUACGCUGUGAACCACGUCAGUGGUGCCCAGAUGAACACAAACUACGACCUGAUAAAGAAGAUGACCAAGGGGAACAGGCUGACCUUAGCAGAUGCGAGGAAAUUCUUGGAGAUGCAGAGAAGAGGAAUGCUAGACUCAGGCGCAGCGAUCCCCCACGGGAAUUCAGACAAUGUUAAUACCCCAGGAUCGCGAACCUUAGUGGCAACGAGGGACAUUUCCCAAUUGAGCAUGAUGGGAAAAGGGGCCAACGGCACUGCACCUAUGAGUAGUAUGACCAGUUCUAUGUACAACAAUCAGGGUGUGGUGAGGAACCCCACGAAGGUGAAAAACGCAACAGCCAAUGUUAUUAGUCCGGGUGGGAGUAUAAACGAAUUAGUGCAUAAUAGGUAUGUCUUAAACAAUGGAAGUGGAGGUGGUAAGGUGACCUCGAACAACUUAAUGAUGAACGAGUCGACACUGAAUAAUAAGUUACUGGCGCUGAACAGAAGUGGAGGGCUACCCGAAGACAAAGGCCAGAAUUGCUACCCUGCAGAGGUGAACGGAAAUCACCCAAAUAGGGACUACAUAAUGGUUAAAGAAAAUGUGGACUCACAUUUGAGCCAAAAGAGUGAACUGUUAGGCACUCCCACAGGGGGUAGUGGUAGGGGAUCUCCAUCCCAUUUUGAUAAAAAUGAACUUCCCUUGGUGGGGAAGAAGGGAAAUUUCCAUGACGUGCAUAAUAAUGGCAAUGGUAUAAUGGCUAGCUCGAAAAGGGACACUACCCAGUUAAACAAGGUUAUUCCAUCUGGUAACAACUUGCCUGGUAUGCACAACACAAAUCGGGUGAACGCAUCUGAGGUGAGUAGUGGAGUCGGUAUGAUGGGUUCCUCCCGUGGCGGUAACACCAGUGGCGGGGUGAGCAACCCGAAGAAUGUAGUACCUAUGCCGAAUGGAGCAUUCCCCACGGGGGAAAACCUGCAGGCACAAGACAUGAGCAGACUGUACAACAAGGGUACCUCGAACUAUGGACAAGCUACGGUGCAACACAUGGGGGUUAGCGAUGGCUACGGCGGAAGCGUCCCGAGUAGUACCAUUGGUGGUAAUUUUAACUUGAACCAAGUGGGCAGCCAAGUUGAUCUGACCAAGAAUAGCAUACAUGGUGGAAACUACCCCCGUCUAAAUCUUAACCUGCAGAAUAAUGGAAGUUUCCCCAAUUCGUAUGAAGGUCUACCCGAAAAUGGCAAAAGCGGGCAUGGACCACACAGGUUCAUCGAGGCAAUGGAUGUCUCCCCAAAGAGCAACGACCAGAAGACGCCCGUUAAUUUAAAAAAUAUUAUUAACAUAAAUCAUAAUUUUAAUAUGCUCAUAAAUAGCAUGAACAUGGAUGGGGUGGGCGGAAUAAUUGGCAUGGAGAGCGACAAAAAGGGGGACAGUAACAAUAUCAAUGGUGCAUAUUACAGUAACAAUAGUAAUGGCUAUGUUGGUGCGAGUAAUCAGCUGUGCAGAGACGAUAUGAAUUUGGCCCAUAAGCAGGGGAAUAACUUCCCCAGGAAGGGAAGCAACACUGCUGAUGUAGGGUCCUCCACGGGGUCCUCCUCCGGUGGGUUCAACAAAACGGGAAAGGAGACCAACGGGAAGAAUAACUCAGUUGGUGUGAUGCAGGGACAAUUGGGGUUAAGUAAUAAUUAUGCAACAAGUGCCAUGACGGGGAAUUACUCCAUGCAGAAUGUACUUAGCAAAAGUGCAAAUUUGAGUCACUCCACGAAUGGGUCAGGUAUUUCCCCUACUGCAUCUUCCAGUGCGAUCAUGUUAGAGAACCCAAACCCUUUACCCUACAGUGUAAGUAGGAACUUGCGUCCUCAGGAUGGUGCAAGUGUCACGUCUAAGUCGACAAGUAUAGGUGGCACGUUAUAUGAUGAUAACAUCAUAUCGAUGGGAGGAAGUACAAAUACGCCUCAGAAUGGAGUCGGCAGUGCAUCUGCGAAUAGGAAAAACGGUCUGCAGUAUACGGUGCAAAGUACAAAUAAGGAGCAAGUCUCCAUGUAUAAUGGGAAUGGCCUCAAUGACCAGGAGCAGCACCCCCAGCUAGCCAACAUGCUCAUGCUGCACAAUAGCCAGCAGAUGAAAUCUACAUGUGUGAAAGGCUCCAACAAGAGAAAAAAAGUCGAUGGUGUAGGAGAAUCGAAUGAACAGGUGAAUGGUAAAGAUAUGUUGGCUAGUUCUAAGAAGGCAAGAAAAAAGAAGAGUGACCAUGUGAACCAUUCCUCCGGUGCAUCCAAUAAUGAGACAGUAUUGACGUCACCCCAGAUGGAAAUAAAUAACAGGAAUGACUCUUACUGGAGUAACAAGCAACCUAAUGGUAAUGACAGUAAGGGGGAAUGUGCCAACGGGACUCAGUACAUGCCCAGUGGACAAAUGUGCAUUGAAAUUGCAGACGAGGAAAACACAGACUACGUGGAAGUAACUGGUGAGAGUAAAAUUGCAGGGGAGAGCUAUAUUGCACCGGGUGUAGGUCAUAUAGAUGCAGUGGUAGGAGGAUCGGAGGAGAGUAGCAGAUUGGCAGAUACGCCAAAGGGUGCAAGUAGCAUCAAUCGUGAAAAUGAAAAUAUCGAAAAUGUGCAUUCAGUAUAUGUGCACACAGGUGAAGGAAGUACUAAUGAGGUAGGCGCAGCAGCCAUUGUAGCAGGGUGCAGUCCUCCUCCCCCCGGUGGGGCAUCAUCUCCAGGGGGAACCCAUUUCAGCGAUCCAGGUUCUCACCCUUCGCCACGAAAUUGCGAAGAAGCGGCUAAUGAUAAGUGUGUAAGCGAUGUUUCGUAUCCAAGCAUGGCAGUCGAUAGGAGUAACAACCAAUCGAAGGACGACGCGUCUGCAGAGGAAAGUUCAAACCUGGUGGUGAAUUCCCCCAGUGUAAAUGACGCAAAGGAGGAGCAGAAGAAUGUCAUCGAAAUGAGCAUUGAUAUGUCGAUCAGAAAUAUUGAGGAGUCCAUUACUCAGUACAAUGAAUCGAAAAAAAAUGAGGACGUGGAAAAUGGGGAGAACGACGCCGUGGUGGUAGAUGUAGAUAAUAAUGCAACUUUGGCUAGCCAGCGUGCCGACAGGAUCAAAGACAAAAAGGAUGGACACCUAAGCGGCAAGGACUGUAGUACUAGUAUUUAUUCCACUGUAGGAGAAAUAUUUAACGAACCUGGUGUAGGCAAUUCGAAUGAGGAACAUGAGGGCAAAAGUGGGGACAACAGGGAAGAGAGCAGCCCGGGAUAUCAGCCUAUUGGUGAACCCAUCGUAGAAACGCCCACGGAACUACCCAGCAAACCCAACGCGGAAGGUCAUGAGGCGAACGAACCUCACCAGACGGAACAGGAAGGGGCAACGAGCAGAUGUGCCCAGGAGGAGAUCAUCACGUACGAUAGGAUACUGCUGGACGAUGUUUGUAAGAUGAACUAUGACGAACUGUAUAUCAGUAACGGUGGGGAUAAUCUGAGCGAAGGAAAAGGAGCGGAAAAGGAAGAAGAGGAAUCAAAGGAUGAAGAAGCAACAAAGGAAGGAGAAGCUACAAAGGAUGAAGAAGCAUACCUGACACAGAAGGGACAUGACGAUUGCAGUACGACCUUCACGAAUGAUGAGAGGAGGGAUAGUCAAAAUGGAAUUCUGUCUGUGUGUAAUUCGCAAGAAGGGGAAAGUUUUCGCGUAACAAAUAGAGCUUAUAACAUUUUUGAAGAACAAGAGGGGGGUAAAAAAGCGAAAGAAUUUGUGGAAGGUUGUUCCACUAUAAGCGAAUUGGAUGAGGAGAAUCUGGAUGGCGAGGAACAGCAUGAGAAGGGAAGCGUGCAUUACACGUCUGGAGGAAUCAUGGAAAAUGGGGACCACCCCUUUGAUGUGGUUAAAAAUUAUGUCAGCGAAGAUGAUGAGAGUGAUUACCCCCUCAAUGAGGAUGAACACAUGGGGGAGGGUACCAGUAAGGAUGGCGGGAGUGAGGAAAAAAUUGCAGACGAGCAAGCAAACACAAAAGAUGUGACACCUCUAACAGAUACUGUGAAUGAAGAAAAAAGCAAUGUCCUGGAAGUAUAUGAUUUCAAGGCAGAGCAGUUUAAUAAACCGCAAAAGUUUACAAUCGUUUUGAGCCAGAAAAUGCUGAAUGAGCUCGAUAUGAUUUACCAAAAAAUAAAAAAAGUCAAGUGUGGUGAUGGGGACCAAAUAAACUUCAGCGUUUGUAGGAAGGUUAAUCGGAAGGAAUUCACGGCAAUGUGGAAUUACCUAGCCGGCAUGAUGGAUGGGAAUUACCGAAAAAACGGAAAAUUAAAAAUUAUUAAACUGGUUAGAUCUAAUAUGCUGCAGCAGGUUUUUUAUGAGAAAGGAGAAAAGCCGAAAAUGCUGACGCUCGAUUUUCAUGUCAACACCCCCGAGGAAAAGUCCGAUGUCCAGGGAGGCCUUGUACGGUUAGAAACUUCGUUCAUAACAAAUGAGGCCACGAAGAGGGAACUGGACACUCUGAUCAAGGGAAAUUUCGACAUCACGCUGGAUUCCUUAUCUAUGUGUACUUCACCAGUUUUUAAUAUGUAUAAAAGUAGCAGCAAUUUCAGCAUGCUGUCUACGUUUCAAGGGGAAAUUAUCCAGUUGUACGUUUCCUCGGGGAAGGCGUGCAAGGGGAUCAUAGAAGUGCACGAGGAUGCAAGUGGUUCUGAGAACACAGAAAAGAAAUUUUUGAUAAGCAUCCGUGCCAACUGCCCAGAUAUUCACGAAUUUUUGAAUAGUUUUUAUGAGCUCAUUUUUUAA